AUGUUCUACGUAUCCAUCGUCUUCCACAACAUUGCCCUCCUCGCCAUCAAGCUCUCCUUCCUUUGCCAAUACUGCCGCAUUAUGGCCGUACCUCGGAUGCGUAGAACCUACGCCCUCGCCCUCCUUGUGGUGGGCGCUUGGUCAGCCUCCAAGGAUUUUAUUGCUGCCUUUCAAUGCCUCCCAGUGGAAGGGUUUUGGGACAAAUCUGUCAAGUCGCACUGCAUCUCCAAUCAGCCACAGCGGUACGUCAACGCAGCUGGAAACGUCAUCACCGACGUCGCCGUCUUCGCGCUACCAUUUAAUCAGACCGACACGUGGCCUGGCACACAUCCGACCCGCCCGAAUUCGAGCCUCCCAAAAAGCUUUCCCAGGGACGCUGAAAACGAAACCACGGCCUCUGGAGUAUCCAGCGAAAGAUUGACCCGCCUCAAGGACGAGAGGUCCAUCACACAUGGGUCACCGUAUCAGCAUCACACCAACGCCAAUGAGUCGAGCGAGACAAUUUUCAGUCUGGCUAGCGUACGCGUGGAUUCCAUCACCCCAGUCAAGUCCAGCUUCAGUCCUUUGAGCCCCCGGCCAGUUCGGACCGCCUCCAGUUCCACCAAGUCGUAUUCGGUCCGGAGAGAUGGGACAUCGUUUUGA